AUGGUUAUCUGGGCAGCAGGGCUGGAGAGACCGCCGGGGAGCAUAGUCGCCAGUCCAGCACGGAGACUCGCCUGGCCAAAGACUGCGCCGCACACUCGCCAGGAUUGCCAAACAUUCCUGAAAAAUAUACCUGCUAUUUAUGGCAUGUGGCUUGUAACUUUACUCCUGCUGUACUCUCUCCAGGAAGUACACAGCGAGGAUGUGGGCUCUACCAGGCUGUACUUUGUGAACGCGUCCCUCCAGAGGCUGACCUACUCCAGCUCGGGGGUGUCCCUGCCCUGUCCGGCGGGCGGCACCCCCACCGCCAUCCUGCGCUGGUACCUGGCCACCGGUGAUGACAUCUACGACGUGCCCCACAUCCGUCAUGUCCAUGCCAAUGGCACCCUCCAACUCUACCCCUUCUCUCCCUCCGCCUUCAACUCCUACAUCCACGACAACGACUACUUCUGCACCGCAGAGAACCAGGCUGGCAAGAUCCGCAGCCCCAACAUCAGAGUCAAAGCUGUGUUCAGGGAGCCGUACACGGUGCGUGUGGCAGACCAGCGCUCCAUGCGGGGCAACGUGGCCGUGUUCAAGUGCCUCAUUCCCACCGCCGUGCAGGAGUACGUCAGCGUGGUGUCCUGGGAGAGAGACACCGUUUCCAUCAUCCCAGAUUAG